AUGUACUAUAUCCUGUACCUGGCAAGCCUCUGUCGCCGGCGCCGCUGGCCAGAACCCUCCUACGAAUCCAGUCCCAGCACAGCAGGCUAUACCUGCGUCGUGCGCGUCAACAACCGCGAGUACCAGACCGACGCCAUCUGUCCCUCCGAGACUCUGGCCCGCGAGAGCGCCGCCAUGCGCGCGUACCUGAUCUGCCGCAAUUUCUCCGUCAACGAUGGCAUGUACCCUACGGGCCAUGCGCACGGCGGCCCCGUGCAGGGCAUUCCCGUGGCGAUUGGCACGGGCCGCAAGUCGAGUCGCGACGACGAUACCGAUGCCUCGGUUAGUAGUGGCAGUCGUGGUAGCUGGAGUGGGGGGAGUAGUCCUGAGAGUCGGGACCGCGUUGGUGUUGUGGAGAGGCCUGGUGUCGGUGACGAUUACUGUUUUUCCGGGGGUGCUUGA